AUGAGUUAUGAUCGAGCUAUAACAGUUUUUAGUCCCGAUGGACAUUUAUUACAAGUAGAACAUGCCCUAGAGGCAGUAAAGAAAGGCGGUUGUGCAGUAGCUAUAAAAAGUUCGAAUUUUGCUGUUUUAGUUGUUGAAAAAAAAAAUAUUCCAAAACUUCAAAAUCCAAGGACAACAGAAAAGUUAGUCAAACUUGAUGAAAACACAUGCUUGGCUUUUUCAGGUUUAAAUGCCGAUGCAAGAAUUUUAAUCAACAAGACUCGUCUGGAGUGUCAACGAUACUAUUUAAAUAUGGAUCAACCUGCUCCUGUUGAUUAUAUAGCAAAGUAUGUUGCAAGGAUACAACAAAAAUUUACCCAUAGAGGAGGUGUUCGACCUUUUGGUAUUGCAACAUUAAUAACAGGAUUUAAAAAUAAUAAAGAAAUUUGUAUAUAUCAAACUGAACCUAGUGGAAUUUAUGCAUCUUGGAAAGCCCAGGCAAUAGGAAAAAAUGCCAAGGUUGUUCAGGAAUUUUUAGAAAAAAAUUAUCAAGAAAAUAUGGAAAAAGAUGAGUGCCUCCUUUUAGCUUUAAAAGCGAUCUUUGAGGUCGUUGAGUUGAGCAGCAAAAAUGUCGAGCUUGCUCUCCUUACCGAGGGAGAAUUAAAAUACAUCGACGAGCAAGAAAUUAAUUCAUUGGUCGAAAUAAUUGAUAACGAGAGAAUGCAAAAAAAUGCCCAGAAUGAUUAA